AUGACUAGGUGGCAAGAAAGAGUGACGGUAGAUUUGGCUUUAUCACGGUUAAUGCAAAAGUCAGGGGCUGCAAGUCAGCCUGGAAAAUCAAAUGAACCGUUUACUGAAUCCCAAUCGGUCAUGGAAGCUCAAGACAACACAGAAGCUCCCAGACUGUCAUUGUUGGAGAAGUCAGAGAUCAAGAAAAAAGAACUGGCUUCGAUGGAAGACACUGUUCAAGACUUGGAGAAAAAGUGGGCACAGGUUCGAGCUAAUGUAUUGAAGCAACUUACUCCAGCUCAGAGAGAGAAAGCACUGGAUAAACAGCUUCACAGCCUAAUUGAACAACUCGCAGCUAAGCAGGCUCAAGCAGAAGGCCUUGUCACUGAAAUUCAUCUGAAGGAGAUUGAGUUCGAAAGAUUACAUUGUCUAUGGAAAAGAAUCGAAACGAGCAAAGCAGAUUUGAAUACAACAAGGAACAGGAUUGGAAGAAGCAGCUCUGACUGGGGAUUUGUUGCUUUUGAUUACACUGUUGAUCCUUGCCACAAGCUUCCUUUCUAUAUAGCCAGUUGA